UUGAAUGAACAUCCAUUUGAUUUCUCAAUCUGACUUGCAGGAAAUCAAAGUGCUGUCAGUCUUCGGAGAAGAUUUCAAAUUUACUUUUAGAAACUCUUAAGAAAAUUGAUAGGACGCGUGUUCAGAGAUCAUCAAAGAUAUAAACAAACAUUGGUGUGUAUGGUGCUUUCCUACCUCAAGUGGAAAACGUAUCGAUUCCAUUCGUCAUUUUCAUUCUAGUUCACUCACAACCCACCUAUCUAUCUAGUUGUCUCUUAGCAAAAAUGCCGAUCGUAUUUUGGGGGGUUUUGGCAGGUUGUUUAAUCGGCUUAUUUGGGUCAGUUCUGGUGGUCUGUGUUUGUUGGAGAAGGCACCGGAAAUGGAGGAAGAGGGGGGGAAAUUUUGAUCCAGCUGAGAUUGGUUUGGUUUCAGGGAGGGAAAUGAUGAGUGGAAGUAAUUAUGUGACUGAGUUCACAUUUGAGGAAAUCAAAACGGCUACAAAUAAUUUUCAUAGGGAGAAUAUUAUUGGAAGGGGAGGAUAUGGGAAUGUUUUCAAGGGAAUAUUGUCAGAUGGGUCUGAAGUUGCAGUGAAGAGGUUGAAGAACUGUUCUCCUGCUGGGGAUGAGAUAUUUGCACACGAAGUGGAGGUUAUUGCCAGGAUUAUGCAUGUGAAUAUUGUUACUUUAAGAGGCUUUUGUAAUGCAACACUGCCUUUGGAAGGCCACCAAAGGAUAAUUGUUUGUGAUUUUAUCCCUAAUGGAAGCCUUGAUGAUCAUCUUUUCGGGUCAGGGAAUAGGAAGCUUUCUUGGCCGAUUCGUCAAAAGAUUGCCCAAGGAAUGGCUCGUGGGUUGGUUUACUUGCAUAAUGGUGCCCAACCUAGUAUUAUCCACAGAGAUGUCAAAGCUAGUAAUAUACUUUUGGAUGAAACAUUUGAGCCCAAACUGGCUGAUUUUGGCCUCGCAAAGUUCACUCCUGAUGGGGGGUCACAUUUGAGCACUCGGGCGGUUGGGACUGUUGGUUAUGUUGCCCCCGAGUAUGCUUUGUACGGGCAACUGUCUGAGAGAACUGAUGUCUUCAGUUUUGGGGUUGUGCUUCUUGAGCUUUUGAGUGGGAAGAAAGCUGUGAUUUCAGUUGACAACGACAAACCUUUGCUUUUGACAGAUUGGGCUUGGUCAUUAGUGAGGGAAGGUAGAGCAAGGGAAGUUAUUGAUGAAGGCAUGCCUGAGUUGGGCCUACCUGAAGUAAUGGAGAAAUAUGUUCUUGUUGGGGUUCUUUCUUCUCAUCCACUAUCAUAUUGUAGGCCAACAAUGGCUCAAAUUGUGAAUUUACUGGAACUUGAUCUUCCACUUCCCUCGAUUCCGGAUCGCCCUCUUUCGCUUCUAGCAGAGAUUGGUGAUAUAGAGCAAUCAGCAAGCUGUAGUGGUGGCUCGACUUUCAUGUCCAGCGGCUCAACUUCCAUGUCCAGCCCUGCAUGUCACUAGCCAUUUAGCUGUAGGAGCGAUCAUCCCAUUCUAAAUCAUAGGGACAAUGAGGGAAGUUCUCAGUAGCACAUUAAAAGCAGAUGAUUUAACACAUUAAUUUGGUGUCCUCUGCCCUUUCCAUAUAACAUAUUUGCAGUUCCCAAUUCCCAUGGUAUGAAUGACAUCAACAUAGGAAAAUAGGUGGAGUCUUUUUGAGUUGGUAGAGGAAUAUAAUUUACUGGGAAGGGGAACUUUUGGAUUGCAGAGAAACAACAGUAGCAUAGUAGCCUUUGUUAGAAAGAAUAUAUUUCUUAUUAAUAUAAGAAAUAUAUUAUAUUGAUAUUUUAUAGUAUUUCUCUUGAAUAUAUUUCCUAUAUUGAAAGGAAAUAUAUUAUACGGUACUUCCAUUUUAUAAAAGUGAUUGUAAUUAGGUUUGAUGGUAAUCAAAUCAAUCAAAAUUGAUUACCAUUCUUACUUAUCUCAAUUCUUCUAUAAAUAAGAGUAUUUUGUAUUGUAAAUCAAUCAAGGAAUAAAAA